AUCGUCUCACGUUAAAAAAAAAAAACGUAAAGAUAUUAAUUUUACAAAAAGAAAAGAGCGACACUUUAAUGUAAAUAUUUUGGGAUUUCUGCUCUUUUCCUUUGGAGUCAUUCUUUUAUAUAUAUCUUUGUUUAACAAACGAUCUAACUAUAUUAGGAAAUAAUAAAAAUAAAAAUGUUAAAAUAUUCACCUGUUGACAUCGUAUUUAUAUCUUUAAAUAUUUUAAGUUUAUUAUUAUUAACGUAUCUUAUCAUUAAAUUAUGUAUAUCAUCUAAUCAUUUCACGAAAUAUACUCAAUUACAAUUAUUUAUAACAGCGUGGGCAUAUACUAUAGGAUUUUUACCUAACAUAAUAAAAUAUGGAGAUGAUAUAAUUAAUAAAGCAUUUGAUACGCGAAUUUUAUGUUUAAUACAACAAAUAAUAUAUUUAUUCUUUUUUUAUCCUUUACAUAUACUUCCUAUUAUAUUAGGAUUUUAUAUUUGGCACGCAAUUGAAAAUCGAAACAUAAAAAUAGAAAGAAAAUAUUUUUGGACUUUUUCAAUUAUUAAUUGGUGUUUUACAAUUUGUUUUAACACAUAUUCAUUUGCUGAUGCUUACACAAGUGAAAAUUUUGGCAUCCGCGUCACACCAUUAUUUUGUAAACCUCGAAAUUCUAAUUUACAACGUAUAACAUAUUUAAUAAUAAUGCUUCCAAUAUUCUUCAUCACUUUAAUAUUUACUUUUUACUUUAGUACGUUAUUAUGGAAGCGUUGGCAACAAUUUUCUGUGAAAAGAAAUCGAUGGACAGCAUUAAGACUAGGACAUUCAAUACGUUUGUUCAUAUGUAGUAUUAUGUAUACAAUUUUUCUUGGAGUCUCUUUAAUAUCAAGGAUUGUUUUUCAAUAUAUAAUAAAAAAUCCGGAAAAUGGUAUAGAGAUUGAAGAUUUCGCUCAACCAUUUAUUGGUAUAAUUUUAUUCCUGAUCUUCGCAAAAAGUGAUUCGCCUACAAUCUUAUUGCCUUGUAUUUAUUAUGGCAAUCCUGAAAAGCUCACUUUUAAAUCCAACUCAUAUUGUAGAGAUGAUAGCUUCUUAUUUGCAAGACCUCCAUCACUUACGGCAUCUUUUAGAGAUUAUAAUCCACCAUCAAAUACCAUGCAACAGAUGCAACACUCGCAACAGAUGCAACUAGUGCAACAAAUGCAACAAAUGCAACAAAUGCAACAAGUUACUAGAUCAAAUAAUAUAUUACAUACCACACUAUUAACGAUUCCGGAAGAAAAAUCACCUGUAGAUAUAACAAACGAUGAUCAAGAUACAAUAAUUGAGGAAAUUGAGGUGAUUGUUUAAAGGAGGGAAUAAUUAUUUAAUUCAUAAUUAUAAUUUAAAAUAGAUUUCUAAAUAUAUAAUUAAUUACUGUAAAUAUCCCUGUACAAUUGUAAAUAAUAUUAUUUAAUUUAUAAUAUAAUUUGAUAAAAUAUAAUUAUUAUCCUUAUUCAUAAAAAUAAAUUUUAG